AUGAGAAAUGCUUUAAAAUUACUUGAACAGUUUAAACCAAAAGUUAAAAUAUUGUCGUUUGGAUACGCUGUAAACCUCGGUAGCCUGGGCGAUAGAGGGAUGUAUACAUUCCAGCAUAGCUACUUCACAUUAAAGAUACUCCCACCAUCGAAAACCGAAAGUCUGGUACGAACGAAGCUCGAUUCACUGCCAUUUCCUCAUAAUGACUUUGGUCUCCGCUAUUGGCUCUAUUUGGAUGCGAUAGGCAGACAGGAUGGUUAUGGAUUUAAGAGAGUCAACGUUGCUGAACUCCCUUUGGUUGUUAUCACACCAAUUGCGUAUACCUCAAAAAAAGCAGUCAUACGCAACAGAUUGCGCAAAAGAAUACGUAAAUGCGUUACAUCAGUUAUCGAACAAUCUAUGGUGACCACCAGAGGUGGCGCCGACGAUCUUAUUCUCCGAGGUAUGUCAAAAUUUCCCAACGGUUGA